AUGAACAGUGAAAGAGAACCUGAUACUUACGUCAUUCAAAGAGUUUCGUUUGGAGAUAAGCCUGCUGGGACAAUAGCCACAGCUGCUUUGAGAAAGACCGCAGAAAUGGCAGCAACAGAAUAUCCUCAAGCAGCAAAGACGAUCAUAAAGAACACGUAUAUGGAUGACAUCAUCAACAGUGCUGGAAAUAAGGAAGAAACUAAAUCCCUUACAACAGACAUAGAGAAGGAGGAGGGAGGGUUUCAAGUCAAGUAUUGGACAUUGUCACGCGAAUUUAAUCAAGAUUAUGAUACACAGACCUUACCAAACGAAAGAGAUUCAAGCACAGAAAAGGUUCUUGGUGUGGUGUGGGGUCUAAUCAAAGAUCAAUUCUACUUCAGAGUACGUUUAAAUUCCUCCCCAAAGAAGAAGAAGUUGAGAUCAGAACCUGAUUUAAGUGUUGAACAAAGUCCUGAAAACGUUCCAGAGCCAUUAACGAAGCGAAUGAUUCUGUCACAAGUUAACGGGAUCUAUGAUCAACUGGGACUUGCAGAGAAGUUUAAGAGUGAAUGGUUACAGAUCUUCAGACAUCUUUUUGAUAUGGAAAACAUAUCAUUCAACAGAUAUAUUAAGCCAAGUAACGCUGUUGGUGAGCCUUCUCUGGUCAUUUUCAGUGAUGGAUCUCAAGAAGCAUAUGGUGCAUGUGCCUAUGUUAGAUGGGAAAUGCCAGAAAAUACAUUUGAAAGUGAACUUCUCAUGUCAAAGAAUCGACUUACUCCAGUCAAGAAGAUGUCAAUCGACAGAAUCGAGUUGCGUGGAGCAGUACUAAACAAACGUCUAAAAGCUUUCAUAGAGAAAGAGUCGAGGUAUCAUUUUGUAGAAUUUUACCAUCCAGUUGACUCACAAAUUGUGCAAGCCAUGAUUCAGAAGGAAUCAUAUGGAUUUAACGUCUUCGCUGGAACGCGUAUUGGUGAAAUUCAAGAAAAAACAGAACCUUCUGAUUGGUACUGGAUGGAUGGAGAGCUUAACAUUGCAGAUUGGUUAACACUUGGCAAGAAACCUGACGAACUCGAUAUUGGAAGUGUUUGGCAAAAGGGACCAGAGUUCUUGAAACUACCAACCCUAAUGCAGAAAACAACUCAGCUUCAAGAAGCUUUAAAAGUCUUGUCUUCCGAAGACAUCGAGAAAGCUGAACAGUUUUGGAUAAGAGACGCCCAAAAACAGCUAAAACAGAAUAUGAGUGACGAGUUUAAAACGCAUAUGCCCUACAAUUAA